UCGCCCCACAGUGAAAGUCGGCGUCAGUACGGUCCGUACCGACAACUAAAUUGCACGACGCGUUUACUAUUUUCUCUAUGUACGCCGAAAAUAUAACCUAUAAACUUUUUGCAGCGUUGUAUCAGUGCGCCAAUGCACGAAAGCUGCUAAAAAUAGUCGGGGUUCGCGCGCUCGCGUCGCCCGCAACCGGCUCUCGUUUUCACUACUCAUACUAUUUCUGUCUAUAGAAAAGUUAUAAGGCAAUCUUUGCAAAGGAAAAUAGAUGGACUCCUGUGCAGACAAUGAAAAAAGUGCGAAAAAAAUACCGAUAGUCGCGAAGCGACAGUGUCUCCCGAUGUUGUUAUAGUGCAGUGACUAAACUUAAAUUAUAACGACGCACACGCUGAAAAAAUGGCGCUUGUUAUGUUACCAUGCGACCUGCCAUGGUGGACUUCUGUGCAACGCCACCUCAAACAUUUACUCGUGGCUUCCUCGCCGGCAAAACUAAUGGGCAGCAUGCUUAAAAUUCACGAUAUGUGCAAUAUAGGGAUAGAUCCAGAUGACGACAUCAAAGAUCCAGAACUUAUGAAGGGGCUUGAAGAAUUUAUAGAAGAAGAGAUGACAGAGGAGGAAAGGCGGAACUUUUUAGACAAUACAAUACGUAUCAUGGUGAACAAAGCCCUACAUCUUAAAAGAUGGCGCCCACCGAAAGGACUCAUGUUUAGUUUACAGCAACAAAGUGAUGUGACUGAACUCGAUUAUAAUUUCCUUUCUUCACUCGUUGCUCACGCUUUCUUCUCUACUUUUCCAAAACGCACGCUCAAAUCACAUCCAACGCUGCAAGACUUCAACUUUACGCAUUUUUUUAAAAAUUUACACAGAAAAUCGCAAAGAAAUAAAUUAAAAAGCUUGCUUCAUUACUUCGAAUGGCUAGAUAAAAAUAGCAACGAAGGAUCCAUUAAAUUAAGUAGACAGGUAAUGACAUCAAAGCAAUGGCUGACAAUAGAAGACUGGUUGGAAUGUACGCUUCCCUUGUGCAAGUUGUUGGUCAGGCACGAAGGGCGACCCGAGCGCUGCGAAAACGAUGAAGCAUUAAGAGUUUGCUUCGCUUCCAGUCGUAUUGGUGGUGAAGCACUCCUCGAUGGGGAAUCACAGGAAUCCCUUUCAAUGUUCAUGAUGCCGGAGCUGCUGCCUGCCAUGCUUUCCGUUGAGGCUCUCGAAGACAACGAAGUUUUAAAAGUAGAAGGAGUUAGAAUGUUUAGCAGAAUAAGUGACAAACGACAGAAGAAUAACGUAGAACUACUCGAUGAACCAAAAACGGUUACAGUUUGCCUUAUGGACGCUGAGGACUACAGCUCGAUGCCUCUUGGUCAAUGGGAAGAAGACAAUGUACUUCGAGAGCUAAACAAAAGUCUAUUAGCUUUCCAGCAAACUCCUAUGAAAUGUCGCGAUUCUCAAAAACAUGAAAGACGACUAUCACCUAUUGGCGAAUCGUUCAGUCAAACACCACCUGAAGUUGAAACAACAGUUAUGAUAAAGCAGUCUUCAUCGAGUACGAUAAAUAGUAUAAGCAGCAGAAGUCCUUCGCCGCAACACUAUACCGCUACAGAACUAAACUUGAAUGAUCCAAGUGUAGAGUUACAAAAACGUAAAUGCUGGUUAUCACCUGACGCUGGCACUUUAAACAACCGACGAGGCAGGUUCAUCGUGCUAGGUUCUUCCGGAGAGUGUCUACCCGUCACCCGGACCGCACACCCUAAUCUCGACACACAGGAAGACAGUCUCUACUCGAGCUGCAACUCAAGUGACGAUGAAUUCCACAGUGCCAAUGAUAGCUUCGAUUAUGGUAGCGAAGAUGAGGGUAGAGGGGAAAGUGCACGUCCAAAUUCAUUCCAAUAUUCCAAAGAACUUUCCACCGAGGAAAGAAGAAUUAGUUUCGCUGACAGACUGAGGGAAGCUCUCCGAAGGGAAGCUGAAAACUCUUGCACCACGAGCACCACUGGGGACUGGUCCACUGACAGUUCUAGUUAUGCUGUCGGUAUCAGCAUAUCUGGAGCUGAAGUUAACGACAAUGAUAUCAGGGUAAAACGAGGUGGUUCCGUCGGAUUCGUGUUGACAGAGAAAGAAAAUAUGGAAAAUGGCAACAGGCCACCUCGACUUCUUUCCAGGAAAGAGACUGGAAACAGUUCUAAGUACAGCUUCAGUACCGAAUAUACUUCAGAAUUAGAAGAAGUUUACGAACAAUUCAACCAGUGGCUGAAUGAUCCCAUUGUGGACAACGAUAGCUCCGAAAAUAAAAAUAGGGAAUUGGAUUCCCGAGAUUUGGCUGUGAUUAGAUUCGCUGGGUCACUAUUGAAACGAACGCUGAGCGAAUCGAUGGCGAGCGGCGGGGGCGACGGCGCGGACGCGGCGGAGCUUUACGGCCGAGAUUCGCGUGAGCGCAGCGCGCCGCGCCGUCUCGCUCUCGCCGCGCGCUCCCUCUCGCUCGAACUCGCGCGACAUCGCCACCGUCUAGCCGCGCAUCUGAAACGUAAAGUAAAAGAAUCGAUACCAGAAGAUUUAUUAGAAACGAGUAUAAACAACAAUACAGAAAAUGAUAACGAGUCGAGGUCCAUCGGCUCCUCAACCGAAACUUGUUCGACGCAAGUCUCGAACCCGAUUAACAGAAAGAAAAAACUAAAUUGGGUAGUAAACAUGAUAGUCGAAACGAUAGAAGAAACGGUCGAAUGCGAACCAGUCACGAUUAAAAUAAAGAAACCAAAGCUAAACCAACUGGCUCAUAAGAUAGUAACGGGCGGGUCGUGUCGUCCCGUAGCUACGGGCAACUGGGGCUGUGGGCGGCGGCAGCGAGGACAUCCACAGCUCAAACUACUGUUACAGUGGUUGUCUGCCAGUGUGGCUGGCGUGCCAGCUCUCAUUUAUUAUACAUUCGGGAAUGAUAAAUUAUUCAAGCUGGACACAUUAGUAAGAGUACUCACAGAUAGGAAAUGGACAGUCGGUCAGCUGUCACGAGCAGUGCUUAAAUUUUCGCGGCAAACACUACACGAGCCGCACGUCAUUCCCGAUAACCAUACACUCUUCGAUGAACUAAUCGGUAUCGAAAAAGUUCCGGAUAAUUUUUGAGUUGUCGUUUUUAAUUUCAGUUUUAUUGCAUCGGGCAUUUUAGAUUAUAAUAUUACACUGUGAUUGUCCACAAUGUUUUUUAAGAUAUCCGUUUGUCUUUGACAGAUUUAAGUAUUUAAAUUAUUGUUAGCAAUAGCUCAGAUUAUAAAACAAAUAUCUAUGAGCAAUAGUAACAAAUUCUUAAUAGACAUUUCAGUAAAAUUUGUAAAAAAAACAACUCUGAAAACAGUAAAAACGUCCAAAAUUGUAAAUUUCUUAAUAAAAAUCAUUAUCAUUUUACUCAUGAUUUAAUUAAAAAUAAACAGAAAGAUUUAAAUAUUCUCCAUUUUAUUUAAAUUUUAUUUGAUAUAUUAUGAGAAUAAUUUUUAAUCAUUCUUACAAAAUCUAUAGAAUUUCACUUUAAUAACGUUAUAAUCACGAAUUUGAUUACUUUUGCUAAGUGUGAAUGAAUGUUUAUAGUAUAUAUAUUUUAAAUAUUUUUGUCUGUCGUCAAAAGAGUUUUUGUAUAUAAUUUUUACAAAUUAUACAGACAUAGUAGAGCCGAAAAAGCUCAGUUAUAAGAACGUAAAUCUUUGCCGAAGAUCGCGAGUUCUGGCGACCACGUGUUUAGUUUUCAUUUGCUAAAUUUAUUUGAGUUUAUAAUUCGACCGUGUAAAGAAAUAUAUUUUUUCAUCGCAGAAACCCAGAUAGAUUGAUAUCCAUCUCGGGUUCCGCGGUGAAAAAAAUCAUCACGAGGAAACCUACGUGUCCGGUGAUUUACACAUAUAUAGGUAUUCAUCAACCACACUGAGAGUCUGAUACAGCAAGGUUCAACAACUUGAGAGUAGAGGAGACCUUAGCAGUGGGCCAUGUACAUUUUAAUGUUUUCGUCUGCUAUACCUGAGCUCAAUAUGAUAAAUAAUUACAUCUUUCGAUGCAUUUAUUUCAAAUAUCAUAGCUAUAUAAUUAUAAAAAAAAUUAGAAUACAUAAUAUAAAAUACUAAUUAUGUGAUUAUGGCAGCUGUGGCUUAUUUAUACGAUGUUUGUGCAAUUUGAAGUAGAUUAAAAUAAAAACUACUUAAAAGCAAUAUAAUAAUUGGAAUUUAAUAUUUUUGUACAAAUAAUAAGUACAAUUGCGUGUAACGAUUUAUAUCGUUGGAUUUUUAUGAAGUUAUUUAAAAUAAUUAACUUGUUAAAAAAAUACUAUAAAUAAAACUUUAAUACACGUACUUUAACCUAAUUUUAAGACAUUUUAAUAAACCUUCAUUACCUACAUCCACACCCUCUUCUAAAGAGUGUUUUCAAAUUAUUUCACUAUCACCUCAAUAUUCACUUUAAGUUAUAAAUGAGAAAUGUAACAUUUAUAACACCGUCAAUGAAUUCAUUCAAAUAAUCGUCAAUUUUUUAAGAUAAAACCAUCGAAAGAAUGACAUUAAUUUAUGUAGUUGUAAUACAAUAUCGAACAAACGGGCAGGUUAGUACUAUCUUUAAUAAAUGAUAUACAUUGAAACUGUGUUACAUUUAAAGGGUCUUCCAUAGCAUGAAUCUCAAUGUGUCCAAAGUUUGUUAAUUUGUGUAAUUAAUUGAAAUAACCAAACCUGAUGAUGCCAAUAAAUCUUUGCGUCACAA